GCCGGGGACCGCUGCAAAUAGCGUUUCUUUUGCUUUCUUUGUGUUCAAAACUAUUUUCUUUCUUCACCCGAUUUUGUUUUCCUCCUCCCCCCUCCCCCCCCAGUUGUUUCCCAUUAGUAACUCGAUCUCCCGGAGCAGUGAGAUUCGCCUCCUUUGCCUCCUUUAGCCCCGCUCGCCCCAGUUUGCUCUCCGCACAUCUCCUUCGGGGGAGCCACCCGGGCUUUCUCCCUCCCCUCCUGCUUGGGCUCGGGCAGCCGCCCGCUUUCCCAGCCGCCCGCUCCUUUCUUCUCUCCCGCUCCCUCCGGUCCUCUGUCCCCCGCGAGCGCGUCUCUGCGCUCCGCCGGCGCGGAGCCUCCUCGCCGCUCUCUUCUGCUCCUUCACUCGGAUGAGCUGAAAACCCCGCGCUUGUGUAUAUGGAAAUAGUGGGGUGCCGAGCAGAAGACGACGCGUGUCCUUUCCGCCCCCCAGCCAUGCUCUUCCACGGCAUCUCCGGAGGCCACAUCCAAGGCAUCAUGGAAGAGAUGGAGCGCAGAUCCAAGAGCGAGGCCCGCCUGGCCAAGGGCGCGCAGCUCAACGGCCGCGACGCGGGCAUGCCCCCGCUGAGCCCCGAGAAGCCCGCUCUGUGCGCCGGCUGCGGGGGCAAGAUCUCGGACAGGUACUACCUGCUGGCGGUGGACAAACAGUGGCACCUGAGGUGCCUGAAGUGCUGUGAAUGUAAACUGGCCCUCGAGUCCGAGCUCACGUGCUUCGCCAAGGACGGUAGCAUUUACUGCAAGGAGGAUUACUACAGAAGGUUCUCUGUGCAGAGAUGUGCCCGCUGCCACCUUGGCAUCUCCGCCUCUGAGAUGGUCAUGCGUGCCCGAGAGUCUGUCUACCACCUGAGCUGCUUCACCUGCUCCACCUGCAACAAGACCCUGACCACGGGCGACCAUUUCGGCAUGAAGGACAGCCUGGUGUACUGUCGCGCCCACUUCGAGACCCUCUUGCAAGGGGAGUAUCCGGCGCCGCUGAGCUACACGGAGCUGGCGGCCAAGAGCGGCGGCUUGGCCCUGCCUUACUUCAACGGCACCGGCACGGUGCAGAAGGGGCGGCCCCGGAAGCGGAAGAGCCCCGCGCUGGGAGUGGAUCUCGUCAAUUACAACUCAGGUUGUAAUGAGAAUGACACUGACCACUUGGACCGGGACCAGCAGCCUUACCCACCCUCACAGAAGACCAAGAGGAUGAGAACCUCUUUCAAACACCACCAGCUCCGGACCAUGAAAUCCUACUUUGCCAUCAACCACAACCCAGAUGCCAAGGACCUCAAACAGCUUGCUCAGAAAACAGGCCUGACCAAAAGAGUUUUGCAGGGAGAACAAAUCUUGGGGCAUUACAGCCAAACAUCCCGACGUUUGAAAAUUCCCUAAAGUAUUAAAAGAAGGGGAAAAGUUUGAUCGGAAAUCCACUGCAGUGAAGACAAAGACAAUAUUAGGUCAUGAUAAUCAUACAUUUAAAAAUAUACUGGGCCAAAAAGAGAGAGAAAGAGACAUAGUGAGAGAGAGAGAGAGAGAGAGAGAGAGAGAGAGAGAGAGAAACAGAGAGAGACACACUUAACUGUCAUUUACUGAAUGUUGAAAAAACUUUUGUUGGUUAUGGUGUCUAACACAAAUGAAGGCUUCAAAUCAUGUGGUUUAAAACAAAAUUAGAUUAACUGUGUAUAAACCAGAGCAAACUGGCAGUGAUAUGCCCAUCCCAUAUUUGAAGAAAGUUAUUAAAAAAAUUAUCCCACACAUUUGUCAAGCACAGUAGUUGUAAGAUAAAAGUCCAAAAGCAUUCAUUUCACCUGCUUGCUAAUGUGUAUUAGUCUUUAUCUGUUGAUAACAUUUUCAAUUGUAAAUUCAAAGAAAAGCUAUUACUCAUUUAAGAGUAUAGAGAUCAAAACCCAGUAAUUUUAGUAUUAUUGUUUAUUACUUCCUUUUUAAACAAAAAUCUCUGCAUGCACUUUUACAUCUGUCACUUCUAGUGUACAUCUCUGUAUGAUGACUUAUCUUUGCUGUUUCUUGUAUGAUAAUAGCUUUCAUUAAUAAACAUUUUAUUUGAUGCAAACAAAGUUAACUUUAUGUUAAACACACUGUUGAAUUUAAUUUUGAACACUGUCUUAAGUGGCAGCACAGGACAUUUACAACUUGUUAUACUUAGAAAAAGACAGUAUAAUAAGAUUAAAUUCUAGUAGCUAUGAUAAAAUUACUACUUUAUUUUUAAUUUUCAUGCCUUUUUUAAUUUGUUGUAUCGAAUUAGUACAUGUAUUAAAAAGAAAAAACCAAAAAGGGGAGUAAACCAUGUUUUAACAAAAAUAAACCUCAGAAUAAAGUACUAUGUAAAAAACUUCAGCAACAUUUUUAGAUUACUAGGGUAAAAUUUAUAGCUCUUUUAUACGUUUACAUAUUCACUAUGCAAUGAGCAAAUUUGUUGACGUAUACAAUUAUUUUCUGUAUACUUUUCAUAUACUCUGAAAAGAUCCAAUCUUUUCAUGGUUCCAAUUACAUAUGAUUUUACAGACAAAGGGAGCAAGUGGAAAGAAAAACAAAUAUUUAGGAAUGAGGCUUUUAAAACAAUUGCUCAAGGAAAUAUUUGAAGAAUUUUUUUAUCAAUUCCUAUUUAGCUGUAUAUCCAAAGCAUAUGUUAAGAAAAUUAACAUAUAACUUUCCAGAACAUUUUUCAUUGAGAUAAAAUUUCUAUUAUAUACAAAUGAACCCUAUGUAAAUGAUGUAACUUUUUGAAUGACAGACAUUAAAUAUUUCACUUACAAGUAUCUUGAGAAUUUUGAAUGUUUUCUUAAAUGUUUUCACUUCCUGAAUACUGAAAAAAAAAAACCUCAAGGAGAGAGCAACGUAUUAAAGAAAAAGCAAUGCACCAUGACAAGUAGACUAUUUUGAGUGAUCAUGAAACAUGUUGGUUUUGUCAGUAAGUUGAAUGUUUGUGCCUCGUUGAAAUCUCAUCCCUAGUUAUAGUGACUUAAAUAGAAUUUCCAAUACAUUUUCAGUCAGUUUAUUCAGUUCCUUGUCCUACAACUUUGCCUUCUUUCCUGUCCUGUCACCUAUGGCAGAUUCGUUUAGAAAUAUUUUGGAAGCUUGCCUAGUUUUACAGACCUUUAAGUAUUUGUCUGGUAUGUGAAAUGUGGGAACUGACCAGGAGGGAAAGAAAAUAACUGAAAUUAGACAUCUGAAAAAAAUAAUAUAAAUUUGAAACAGGCACAUUUAAAAAACAUUUAAAGAAAGGAGCACUAAUUAUGAGAACAGGCAGGGGGAAAAUGUGAUGUGGGCUUGGAAGUUUGAUCCUGCUUUCCCAUUCUGCACUGUGUCUGAGUCUGAGCAACUAAUGUUCUGCAUGGAAUAGAUGAAUGCACACUUAUACUCGAGAGCUGGGCAUUGUAUUUGCAGAGAAUCUACCUCCCCCAUGCCUGGUUUGGCUUGACUUCUGUUCUGUUGAUCUAGGGUUAAAAAAAAAAAAAGAAAAAGUUACUGAAAGUCAGUUUUGGUUGGGUGGUCACUUUAAUACUGAUUUACAGAGAGGGCAGAUUUUUUUUCCCCCUUCAGUACUUCAAAUAAGGGUAAAUUCCACAAUAAAGGAUCAAAAGCAAAUACUUUAAAAACUGGGUAAUUUUUUUUUUAUCACCUAAAAAGCAGAGUGCUUUAACAACCCCCAGUGGAAUCCACUGCACAUUCUUUUUACAGUAACCUUUGUUAGGAGUCAGAGCUUUUUAUAAGUAUAAAUAUCAUCUCGUUUUCUGUUGCAGUGUGCCUGCAGGGGCUAUCAUGGUGGAAGGUGUGAGAAGUGGGACUUUCUGGAAUGGAAAUUUGGAGCUAUGUUGUUCUAGCUCUUAAGGAGAAGAUUAGUGAUAACACCAGUGAUUAUUAUAAAAAGAAGUCUAAGCACCUAGUUUUCUAUGGAUUCUUGCUAUUUCCUUUUUAACUGUAUUUUAAAGAAAACUAGUUUUACUAGUAGAGAGUUUGCGUAUUCUUGAGAUUUGAUAACUUUUACAUUCAUGGUCUCUAGACCCUCGGGUUAAGUAAGGACACUAGGACUUAGUCUGAAAUGGGGAAAUGGCAUUGUAUUUUCUUUGAAACCAUCCAUACAGAUAAAUCCUGGAUUAUAGGAUCCUUUUGUACUUGUAUACAAUGAGAAUGAACACUAAAAACUCAAGUAAAUUAAAAUUCUGUAAUACCACGGUGCUUUGCAUUGCAACCAAUGCCAAAAAUAGGAAGAUUUUUUUCUUUAUGAUAUGCCGCUCAUUUGGAAUUACUCUCAUAACACUCUGCCCCAUAACAUUUUUCCAGAAUAUUGCCAUUUACCUUUAUUUUUACAAUAACUUCUUAUUCAAAUAUAUCACUUUGAAUGACUUCUGGGAAGAUUUCCAUUUUAUGUUUCCAUAGCAAAAAAAAAAGUUCCUAAUCAUGCAUGGUACUCAAAGAAAGUUUAUAAAUAUGAUAGAAAUAGUAAGAUAAUACAAGUGAAUUUCUUUUUAAAUAGGUAUUUCAAUCUAACAUCAACCUUCCCCCCCCAAACUCCCAACAUUUCUCUGUGGAAUUUAGUGUAGUAUAUUGUCCAUUAUUCUGUAUCAUGUCAACGAUCUUCCCUUGGAUGAAUAAUUUUUGCAUCUUUGCCCUACAUUUUUCUUGUGCUGAAGUGACAAAAAGUGGCAAGAGUAAAGAUCCAGAUAUUAGCCAUAUGUAGAAAGUUUCCAUUCUGCAUUUCUCUGUAUUUUUCCCUCACAUAUUAGAAUUGUCAGGUAUAAUUUUUCCUUUGGAACUUCAUGUUUACAUCUUGCAUGGUCUUAUAAAUUAAUCUGAAGAGCAACUGAAUAACUUUUAUGGUUAUUUGAA